AUGGAACUCCAAAAUGAAGAACAAAAAGAAAUAGAAAAAGUAGAAAAAGACAAAUCUAACAAUACAAAUGACAGCAGUAAAAAGGGUUUAAAGUGUGACAGAUUAAACAGUGAUAUUAACAACAAUGAAGUAGGAAGUAAUGGAAAAAAGGAGAAUACAAAAAAUACCAUAAAUUGUAAGAUCAAUGAAAUCCCUAAGGUAAGCGAAGGAGGGACAAAUGGAAAAAAAGAAAACAACAUUAACAACAAGGGUAAAAUGAAAAAACAAGAAAAUUGGAAUAAAAAAUAUUACAAUAAAAAUAAAAAUCAAUCAAAUUUUGAUCAUUCCAAAAAAAAUAAUAACCACAAACAUUGUGAACAUAGGAGCAAUAGUCAAAUUAUAAAGGAAAACACAAAGAGUCAAGAAAAUGUAAAAAAGAGUGAGGAAAAUAAUGAUCCCAAUGUUGAAUCGACAGAAAAAGCAGGUAAAGAACACUUUAUCAAUGGCAUCAAUAUAAAGAAAAGUGAACAUGACAAGGAUGUUGGUGCGAGUAAUCUGAUCAGUACUGAGACUAAAUUAGACAAUGGAGAAGAUAAAGAAAUGAAAACAAAAAAGAAAAAAAAAAAUAAAAGGAAGAAGAAAAAGGGAAUAAAGAAGGAGGAAGAAAAAGAGGCAGAAAAAGAGGCAGAAAAGGAGGCAGAAAAGGAGGCAGAAAAGGAGGCAGAAAAGGAGGCAGAAAAGGAGACAGAAAAGGAGACAGAAAAGGAGGCAGAAAAGGAGACAGAAAAGAAGACAAAAAAGAAGACAAAAAAGAAGACAAAAAAAAAGGCAAAAAAGAAGGCACAGAGGGUAAAAGAUAAUGAAGCGGCCGAUAGAGAUAAUGCAGACAUUGGAUGUUUAACAAAAGUUAAUAACAUGGUUCCAAAUGAUAAUAGCAAUGAAAAUUCCAGUAUCACGACAGCAAUUAGCACCAAUAAAAAUUGCAAUUUUAGGAAAAAGGGAACUGAGAAAGGCACUAUCGAAAUUGCCAAUUUUUAUAGUAGUAAUCUUUUUACCCAUCCUGUGGUACAGAAAAAACAAAUGAAAAAUAAACAAAAUAAGUAUUCAAAACUAAGUCGAAAUUUGCAACAAAGUAAAACAAAAAAUGCAGAAGAAAAUGUUGCUUUUAUAAAAAAUAAAAAGGAAUAUGCCCCUAAAAAGACAAACAAUAAUUAUCAUCAAAUGUAUAAUGUAUCCUGUGGCAGCAUGGCAAAAGACCAUGUAAACAAAUUGGCGAAUUUGAUAUAUAAAAAUAGCAUUAAUUAUAAUACAACAUAUUCGAAGAACUUAAAUAAUAACUUUAGUUCGAGUUCGAGUAAAGAUCUCUAUAAUAAUUAUUCUAUGAAUUUUAUGAACAAUCAGGCAAAAAGGAACACGCUGCAAGCGUCGAAAGAUAUAAAUUCUGAAUAUGGGUACGAUAUAAAUAAUCAGGGAUACCUAAAUUGUUUAUACAACCCUAUGGAAUUUCACAACCCAAAUGAGUAUUAUGAUUUUUCAUGUCUAGAUGGGGCAUCCAACCCUAUGGGUAUUUUCUUUCAUGGAAACUAUAUGCAAAGAAAAGAUUUAAUGGAGUACAUCAUUAAACUGCAUGGAAUGUACAAUAUGGGUAACGCUGCUAUGUACAAUAACAUGAGUAGUGGAAAUAAUUUGAAUGGAGUCACAAGUGUUGGAGACGGUGUCAACUUGUGCAUAUGUAACAAUCGCAAAGUAGGGAAAGUUCCAUCACGAGGAAAGGAGAAUCAAAAGAGAAACGGAAAUUACGAAUUAAGUAAGAAGAAAGAGGAAGAGAUAAAUUGGCAUAUAAACAACAUGAAUUCGAUUGGUGCAAAUGUGAAAGAUUUUAAGUAUGAACAAAAGCAGAAGGAUUCAAAAAAUAUCAACAGCGGAAGUAGUAACAAAAAAGGAUAUUAUAAAGAUUUGAAUACAAGUACGUCUAGGACAGGGAACGUCUUCGAGAGAAAUGUUAACACCACGAACAAUACAAAAAUUGGAGAGAAUAUAAAAGGGAAAAACCUCCCAAAUGUGGAUAUAGUGAAAAAUAAUGAACAGGUGAUCAUCCCAAGUAUGAGAAAUGAACGUAUGUACACAAAUAUACAAAAGAGGAAAUAUGAUACUCAACAUGGUUUCCAAAAUGUCGAGAUGUGCUGGAACAAUAACAAUUCUGAAAUUAAUCAGAAAAAAAGGUAUAUUAAAUCGAAUAUACCAUUUCAAUCAUUUAAAAGGCAAGAUAAUAGUAAUAAAAAUAAAAGAGUUUUAGGAAAGGAUUCAAUAAAAGAAAGCAAUAUGGAUGAGAGAAGUGGAGAGAUAUGCUUAGGAAAAGAGAAAGAAAACAGGGCACCUUCUUACCCAAUUUACGGAAAAGGGAAAACUAAGAAUUUUGAAGUUAAUAAAGAAAUAUAUAAAUUUAUAGAUUAUUGUGUGAAAAAUUAUGGAAACAAAUAUCUAUUGAAUGUUUUAGGUGAAUUUUCAUCAAAUAAUAUUAGUAAAAACUACGAUGAAUUAAACAAUAUUUUUAAAAUGAAAAUAAAUGAUGAAAAUUUGAGCACUCUGGAAAUAUUAGAAAAGGACGAAAAAAAAAAAAAAGACGUCCCUACUUUUAUAAAGGACAAUCACAACAUAGGCCAGGAAGAAGUACCAAUGAGUAAAGACAUUACAGACAUCUUAAACACUUCGAAUAAUUCCAUUACUGAGGCAUAUGAUCAAUUUGAGAACUUACUUAACAUGGGAGGAGCACAUGCUGGAUUGGAUGAAAAGGAUCUCCAUCCUGAGGAAAGACUGUGUCAGAAAAGCACAACAGAAGGGGAAAUGAAGGAGGAUAUGAAGAAUAUCGAAAUGAAAGAUACGGAGCAGAAAAUUUUCGGAGAAAAAAAUUUAGGAGAAAAAAAAUUGGGAGAAAAAAAUUUAGGAGAAAAAAAAUUGGGAGAAAAAAAUGCCAAACUGCAAACGGUCGAAAUGGAAAAGAUGAAGAAUUCCGAAGCGAGAGAGGAAACGGAAAAUGGCCCCAAAGCGGGCGAAGGAAAAGAGGGAAAAAACAAAAACAACAUGUUCGAGGAGGAUAAAAGAAUGAAUGUGACUAUUCCCCCAGGGCUGAGUCUACCAGAUAUAAACAGAGCAUUAUUACAUGGUGCAUAUCUAGAUAAUAUAACAGUGGUGAAGAAGUGUUUAGAGAGAAAAGCAGAUAUUAACUAUUUCGAUAAAGUUGGAAGGAGAGCCUUACAUUAUGCAUGCGCAGGUGGAUAUUUUGACAUAUGCGAAUUGUUAAUACAAAACGGGGCAAAAGUGAAUGUCUCAGAUUACAAACAUUGGACUCCAUUACAUAUUGCAGUUACCAAAAUGCAUAAAGACAUAACCGAAUUGUUAUUAAAAAAUGGUGCAAAUAUAUAUGCAAUGUUACCUCAUUCUUUAUCCCCCAAUAGAGGAAAAACUACAGCUAGUAUGUGCAUCCAUUUUGCAGCCAUUAAAGGUAGCAUAGAAAUUACGAAGUUAUUGCUCAAGUAUGGAGCGAAAAUUGAUGAUACAGAUUUAUCCAAUAGAACAGCUCUUCAUUACGCUGCUUAUCGAAACAAUUCUGAUUAUGUGAAAUUUUUAAUUUAUGAUAAAAAAGCCAAGGUAAAUAUUUUCGAUGUGCAUAAUAGAUUACCUGUACAUUCAGCUUGUUUAGGGGGAGUUUUAAAAAAUGUACAACUAUUAGCUGAGAAUAAAAGUUUUCUUCAAAAAAAAGACAUAUACAAUAUGAGUCCCAUAGACAUUACUAAUAUAAAGAAGUUUAAGGAUAUUACGAAAUUUUUAACCAAGUAUAUAAACCAAAAUUUUUCACCUUACGAUAUGGAAGACAAUCAAUGUCAAUUCAAAGUUGUCAAAGCGAAAUGCCUGGAUACAUAUGUAGCAAAGGGAGAAAAAAGUACACCUUUGAUCAAUGUGGAAGAAGAGAAUGCAUACAUGGCAGAUGAAAGGAUUCAGAAGUUUUCCAAUGUAAAGGAUGGUUCCAUUCCUAUUGGCAGGGAUCAUAUGAAGGGGGAAGAAAAUGAAGAAUUAGGUGUUGCAGAAGUUGCAGAAGUUGCAGAAGUUGCAGAAGUUGCAGAAGUUGCAGAAGUUGCAGAAGUUGCAGAAGUUGCAGAAGUUGCAGAAGUUGCUGAAGUGGCAGGAGUAGCAGACAUGGUAGAAGCAGGAAACGUGGCAAGCUUGGAAGACGAACGAGAAGAUAAUAAAAUGGAUCCAAAGGAAUUUUACAACGACAAUAAAAUGAUUAAAGACGUUUUAACAACAACUAUUAGUACCAUUUUGAAAGAAAGAAAUAGGGAUCAAAUAAAAAGAGUAGUGGACGCUUUGGGGGUGUACAUAUCAUUAAGCUUACUGGAGAAAACAAUUUUAAUUCAAAAUUAUGGAGGCAUAGAUCUGGUUAGUAAAAAGGGUAAAAGAACCACCGGUGGUGUUUUCUUUUACCUUAUAAAGUAUAUGUAUAAAAAUGACAUUAUAUCUAAGUUUAAGUAUGAUUAUAUUGUGGAAGAAGAGAAGGAAAAAAAAAAAACGUACAGGAAAUUAAAAAAAAAAUUGUUACAAGAAGAGGAAAAUAUUAAAGGCAGCAUCGGGUUGAAAGCGAAUACACUACAAGACAGGAAAAACAAACAUGAUAAAUUUACGAAUGAACCGAAUAGGACCUACAACACCAAUGCUACCUUUAAAAAUGCAAAAGGGGAUCAUAUAAAAAAUAUGCAAAAUGGUAACAUGGCGAUAGCUAUUGCAAAGGACAAUAAGAGCACAAAGCGUUGUGCACAUGCACUGAACACAGUUAGUUGCAACACCACCAUGAGCAAUUAUAACAGUGCAGUGAAACAUAACAGCAAGGGACGUAAAGAAAUGGCCAUACUUAACUCAAUCAACAAAGACAAUUCGAAUGAAUUAGUUUUAAAACACGCAAGAAAUAACACAAACUUUUAUAACAAACAUAAUAACCUUCCUCCGAAGGACUCAUAUAUAAACAACCUAACAACAGAUGAUGAUAAAAACAAAGAAAAAACGAAAAGCAAAAAAAACAAAAAAAACAAAAAGAACACAAAAAAGGUAUACACUACUAGUGUAAACACCCAAGUAGGCAAUACAAAUUGCAUUGCAAAAAAUAAUAUGGAAUCUUCGUUCACAAAUUUAGUGCAAAAUGCUUACACUAAUAUUCCGAAUUUUCUUGAGGUACAGAACCUACAGAAAAAUAUGUACCAACUGAAAAAAACUGCGAACAAGUGGGAAAACUAUGAUUUGGGAUAUAUUGGAGGUUUCGAAAACUUGGGCUAUUUUAGUAGCCAUGGAAACUUGCACAAUGUUGGAAACUGGAAUAACGUGAACAAUAUGAAUUGGCGCAGCAUUCAUAGCAACCAAACUAACAUGAAUGGCUGCAAUCAGCAUAGUAAAGAAAUAAUGAAUCAUCAUAAUAACCUAAUCCCGUACAUGAACAAUUUGCAGAAGAGUGCCUAUGAUUACUUGGGAGGUGUGGAAAAUUCGUGGGCCUACUUAAAUAAUCAAAAUGCAUAUUUAAUGAAUAAUUUGUGCAAGACAUAUGGAAAUGCGAAUGCUAAUGCAAAACAGAAAAUGCUUUUAAACGAUUUUAACUAUGCUCGUUUUCGGAGUUACCCAAAAAUGUAG